GCUUUCGCUGGAUAUUUUUGUGUGCAACACGUAUAUCUUACCUCUAGUAACUAAUGUCGAUUUGCUGUAGCUUCCAACCGAGCUCAGCGUUUGCCAAGAGACGUUCACAGAGCUAGAAUAGAGCGACUGAGCUGGUUUUCGUAUCGCGUUUCACAUGGGCUGUCGGGUGGCUAAAUCGUCUAGCAAGAUUCAUCCAGUUGAAGACUGCACAGUACCAGUACCUUCAAAGAAAUCUGCCAGAAAAAUUGUUAUCAGCGCUUGUGAUGAAGAUGAAGCAUUUGCACAGGAAAUUCAUGAUAAACUCUUGUCCACAGGGUUGCCUGUUUGGUAUGAAAGUCAAUCAGUCAAAGAAACAGGAGUACUUGUAGUCAAUGCUCUGGGGUUGAUUAUCGUUCUCAGUGAGGCUACUUCUCGCUCUCCUGUUUGUAGAGACAAUGUGGCAUUCACUUAUGUUUCUAACAAACCCAUCAUCCCAGUAUGCAAAAGUGAUUACAACACCGUUUUGAGUACCCUUGAUUUUGGAAUGAAAUUGACAGUCAAAGAAAUAAAGUGGGUGAUGUUCUCGAAUGGAGGCAAUAAUGAACUAGCAUUCAUUGAACUAGCUGAUAAAUUGGAUGACUGCAUUUUAUUUGACCAAGGAAAUUCUUUGCAACCAGUUGUUGUUUCUCCACCAAUGUUAGACUCAUCUAUAAAUCUUUAUGAACCAAUCAGAAAUCAACAAAUUCCAAGUUUGAGGAAAGCAUCUACGUCUUCUGCUCUUAGUGAUGGACCAGUAACUGCUGCUGAUGCAGACAAACUAAUCAUGAAGUCAAGCAGCAACUUCUGGGUUGUACAUUUUGGUUCAGCUAACACCAUCUCAUGGAUCAUGUUUCAAACUAAGUUUCUUGGUGAUUAUAAAGAUAGAAUGCAAUCACUAUUUGGACAUGACCAAAUUGAGUGGGUAUUAGAGAGAUUACAUUCAGACGUAUUCAAGAAAUCAGAAAUUAUUCACAUAGACGAUUUUCUACUCUUUCAAGGAAUUCCAGACCGAAGGCAUCAGUUUUGGCGUCGAGUCAAAGAUUAUGUCCUUGAAAACCAUCUGUUGAGACAAGUGUUCAGUAUGAAUUCAACAGUUCGUUUGUCUGCAGUACAAAAUCUGGCAAAGUUUAGAAGUUCCACUGUCGUGGCAGCCUUGAUUAAGCUGCUACAGGAUCAAGAUGCCAACAUUCGGGCUGUAGCUGCACUGUCCCUCUCCCACUGUGAACAAAGUACUUAUUCACCUCAAGUAGAAAGUGCUCUUAUUGGGAGUCUUACAGAUGAGGACCGAUUAGUUCGAGAGAGCUGCUGCAUCUCGCUGGGUAACUUAGGGAGCACUGCUGCAAUAGACAAGCUUGCUCACAUAUGGCGGAAUGAGGUGAUUAUGAAUGUGAGAACUGCUGCUGAAGUUGCAUUGAAACGGAUAGGUGGAGAAGAAGCAAACAAAGUGAUUCAAGUGACAAGGGUUCUGUCAGCUGAGAUUUCAAUGCUUAAAGAAGAACUUCAAAUGGGAAGGGCUAGAUAGGUGUGUGUUCCUGUCAAAGUGAGAAAUGAAUCAUUGAUAGAAAUGAUAGAAAUGAUAGAACAGAAAUGAUCAUCGACAGUUGCGGUAGUCUCACAUAGCUAGUUGCUUCAUUAGGAAAAGGGAAAGGGAGUAGA